UUCAUCUGUUCACCUCUUAUUUUUAUAGUCAUCUACUCCUUGUUAAACAACACAGGGUUUGUGAUGGCACGGAUCUGUACCUUUAAGGGCAAUUGCUCACUAAAAAGCUGGUCACUCACAUACCAUUUCAGAUUUCAAGUAAUUUUAAGUUCGUUUUGAUUUGGAUGUGACCAAAAAUGCGGUUGUCUGUGUCAGUUAGUUGUUUUCUGUGCAAAUAGUUUCUGCACUUCCAUCAGUUCGCGAUCUGCAGAGACACACUGUGAGGACCAGAGCAUGAGAGGCGGGCACUGUCGCAUUGAUUGAUUGACAGCAUAUUGAACGAAUCAGCGCUAAUCGGAGCUAACGUCUCCCCUCACGUGACUUUUCAAUACAUUCGGCAUUUAUGCCCCGUCACACUAAGGUCAAAAUUGCAUACUAAUACUAUUUCUGUCAUAGACACAUAUGGCAAUAGUAAGAGUAGUAUGGGUAGUAUGCCUUUCAAACUCAGACAUGAGAAUACAAUGAGCUGAAUCAGAAUGAGCUUUAUUGCCAAGUGUUCUCACAUUCACAAGGAAGGCUUAAGAGACGCCGCCUCCCACUGAAACAUUAUCCAAUGGGUGUCGCUGUUUGACAGAAUGACUGCAGAAAAAUGACUGCUAAACACAUUAUUUGCAUUCACAUUUCAUAAUAUUUUAUUAGUUUUAUUUAUGGACAGUCGUUUAUUUUGCUCACCCGAAUUUUUUACCUGUUAAACCUGUGUAUCUAUAAAUCCCACUUUCCCCGGCAUGAUUGGCUAAGUAAGCUGCAAUUGGGUAGUUAAGAUAACAUUCAUAUGUAGCGACCAUAGUUAUUAAUAUUAUAAUAUAAUGCCACAGUUGCGUCAUAGUGUAAAUCAAAGCCGCUUUCAAGGCAAGUCAGUCCACUUGGUGGCCAUCUUGGGAACGCUCCCGGGCAGCUGUUUUCUGUGUAUACAAAAAAAAGUAGGCUACAGCUUCUAUCUACUUGAAUGGGGAAAGACCGAAAUCUCCAAAGUGGUUGGUUAAGAUUAUGAUCAAAUAACACAUUUCAAAUCAGCAUUAAAAUCUGACUUGAAAAAAAAAAAAAAAAUUAAAAAAAAAAAAAAAAAAAAUCUGGCUGUUCCAGCCAAUGCGCAUGAUGCUUUUGCACAGUGCCUGUGAAGCUUAGGCAGAGCCCUUCAAUCAAGUGGAGACUACAAGCUUAGCAAUAAAAUAGCAUAACAGUGGUCCCAUUGACAUUCUAUAUCGAUACACAGGGGAGGAGACAAGAGGCUGUUUUUUAAUGGAUGUCUAUGGAGGAGAUGCUUGAGUGUGCUAAAUAAACUGCUUUUGUGAGGAAACAGCUCACAAUAAUGACCUCCUGUCUGCAUGUUUUACACUAAACAAUCCUUUUGGAAUGAACUAUGUGUGGAGUUUAUUCAGUGUUCGAGCUCUUGGGGGCUCCCCUUACACUGACAACUCCUCGCCCCCUUUAAAGAAUUUACAACAUUAAUCCAGCUAUUUGUGGUCACCUCUUUAAUAACAUAUUGCUAUUAUGUUUAUCACUAUUAAUUCAUCUGAUUUCAUCACGUGCAAAUGCCCGGAUGUGUAAUGCGGAAGUAAGCGCGAGUUCCGUGCGCGAGGUGUCAAGGACAUGGGGGGGCUAGUCACGGCAUCCGUCAUGCUAUUCUCCCCGUCAGCGUUCGAGGGAGCAAGCGCAUGUAAACGCGUGCAGCGGGAGUCGCAAAUGUAAACAGGGAGAUGGUGCGCAACAGAGAUAGCGGUACGUGUAGUACAUGGUAACAGAGUAAGUCCCAAUGAGCCCAGUGAAAUGGGCAUGUGGAUCAGAAUAACAAGAAAUUUGUCUUGGUGACAGGAGCUUCCAGUGUACAACAAUACAAAAUCAGCAGCAAGACAUAGAUAAUAAUAAAAAAAAUAAAAAAUAAUUAUACAAAUACACACACUGACACACAUACACUACCGGUCAAAAGUUUUGAAACACUUACUCAUUCUUUAUUAGAAUUAUUAUUAUUAUUAUUAUUUUUUUUUUUCACAUUUUAGAAUAAUAGUAAAGUCAUUAAAACUAUGGAAUAACAUAAAUGGAACCAUGGGAAUUAUGUUGUGAGUAAACAAAAUCCAAAAUAAAUAAAAAAUGUUUAUAUUUUAGCAUCUUCAAAGUAGUCACCCUUUGCCUAGAAUUUUCAAAAAUGUACUCUUGACAUUUUCUCAACCAACUUCUUGAGGUAUCACCCUGGGAUGCUUUUUAAACAGUAUUGAAGGAGUUCCCAUCUAUAUGCUGGGCACUUAUUGGCUGCUUUUCUUUAUUAUUUGGUCCAAGUUAUCAAUUUCAAAAACUUGUUUUUUUUAAUGAAAUUUUUGAUUUAUAAUUAAAUAAAUUAAUAUGGUGGCACAAUUAUAUUUCUGACUACAAAACUAAAAAAAAGACUAAACUGUGUAUUGCACAUAGCUAUUGCUCAAUGGGGCAAUUUUAACUGUUCAUGAGAUGAAUAGCCUGAGGGAAAAAACUGCUCCUGUGCCUGACGGUUCUGGUGCUCAGAAGGCAAGAAGGCAACAGGUAAUAGGCAGGGUGAGUGGGGUCCAGAGUAAUGGGGGGGGGGCAACCAAUAAUCCUCUCAGAAGUCCAAACUGUCCUUUGUAGUCUUCUGAUGUCUGAUUUCGUAGCUGAACCAAACCAGACAGUUAUUGAAGUGCAGAGGACAGACUCAAUGACUGCUGAGUAGAACUGUAUCAGCAGCGCCUGUGGCAGGUUGAACUUCCUCAGCUGGCGAAGGAAGUACAACCUCUUCUGGGCCUUUUUCACAAUGGAGUCAAUGUGUGUCUCCCACUUCAGAUCCUGUGAGAUGGUAGUGCCCAGGAACCUGAAUGACUCCACUGCUGCCACAGUGCUGUUUAGAAUGUUGAGGGGGGUCAGUGUUGGGGUGUUCCUCCUAAAGUCCACAAUCAUCUCCACUGUUUUGAGCAUGUUCAGCUCAAGGUUGUUUUGACUGCACCAGACAGCCAGCUGUUCAACCUCCCUUCUGUAUGCAGACUCAUCAUCAUCUCGGAUGAGGCUGGUGACAGUGGUGUCAUCUGCAAACUUCAGGAGCUUGACAGAGGGGUCCUUGGCGAUGGUCAUUGGUGUGGAGGGAGAAGAGUAGUGGGGAGAUCACACAUCCCUGGGGGGCACUAGUGCUGAUUGAACAGAUGCUGGAAGUGAGUUUCCCCUGUCUCACAAGCUGCUGCCUGUCUGUCAGAAAGCUGGUAAUCCACUGACAGAUAGACAUGGGAACAGAGAGUUGGUGUAAUUUAUUCUGGAGUAUAGCUAGGAUGAUGGUGUUGAAAGCCGAACUGAAGUCCGCAAAAAGGAUCCUUACCUUGUUGUGGUACCGCCAAGACGUUCUCUUGCUUCCGUUUUCCAGACAUAUAUAGCUGAUGUUCAUGGAGAAAGGGAGCUAGUGUUGUGAGCAGACAACCCUGGCACAGUGGAGGUGCAAACGGAACAGCUGCCACCUGAGGGUGAACACCCUGUCCAUGAUUUUAGAGGUGAGGGGUUGUAUUCAGAUGAGCAGAGGAAGAUGGAUCUACUACUUCGCCGCUGGAGUAAGGUUUUGCUGGAUAGUGGGGUGUGUGGUGAGGCAAAAUUCCAGUCCAUGGGCAGCUCCCAUUGUGUUGGUGAUGAAGAAAGAUAAUUCAUGGAGGUUCUGUGUAGAUUAUCGGAAGCUCAAUGCCCUGGGUCAUAAGGAUGCUGUCUAAAGCAGUCUCAGUGGUUCUCAGCAUUGGACUUGGCCAGUGGUUACUGGCAAGUAGAGGUCGAUCCUAGGGAUAGAGAGAAGACUGCCUUCACUACCCCUCUUGGCCUUUCUGAGUUCCAGAUGAUGCCCUUUGGACUUUACAACACCUCAGCAACCUUCCAGAGGUUGAUGCAAAGGUGCAUGGGGGGCCUGCUCAAUGACACCAUCCUCAACUUGAUUUUGUGAUAGUUUACUCUCCAGAUUUUGACAGUCAUUUGCAGCACCUGGAACAGGUGUUUGAGCAGCUAUUAAGACAUGGAUUUUACAUGCAAGCUUUUCCAGUCCAAGGUCAAUUACCUUGGGCAUGUGGUAAGCAGGGAAGGGGUCUCCACAGACCCCGGAAAACACUCACCUCUCCACCGAUGCAAGCCUAAAAGGCCUAGGGGCUGUUUUGUCUCAAGUACAAGGUGGUAGAGAAAGAGUGAUUGCUUACACCAGCAGAAGCAUUUCGAAAAAAUGAAAAGAAUGUUCAGAAUUACAACUCAUUUAAGCUUGAGCUCCUGGCCCUAAAAUGGGCAGUUUCACAUAAGUUCAAAGACAAUUUUUUGGGGCCAAAGUUACAGUUUGUGUGGACAAUAGCCCGCUGAUUCAUUUGCAAUCAGCAACCCCUGGAGCUGUAGAACAGAGGUGGGUGGCACAAUUGUCAGAUUUUCAGUUUGACAAAGUAUCGACCCAGUAGUAUUAAUGAAUGGCAGGUACAACAACAAGAAGACCCCAACCUACAAAGAGAGGGCUCAAAUAGAAGAUCCAUCCCAAACGUUACAUGAACAAGAUCUUAAGACGUUCAACAAGGGAGACAAUAGGUAAGAGAUCUGCCUGGUAUUUAUAACAGGUGGGGUUGGGGCUGUCGGGAUGACAAUUAAAAAAGGGGCGUGGGGGAUGACAAAUAGCAAAGUUUUUGAGCUGUGCUAUAACGUUUGAAGUGCAAAGUAUUUUCACAUAUUGUUUUUCUUAAAGUAAUAGGAGUUUUGUAUUUUGCAGUGAGUUUUGCUUACUAUCACAAUGUGUAUGUAAUCACCUUUCUUGCUUUUGUUUUUCCCAAUUGUCACUUUUCUAAUUACCCCGUGCUUAAUUAUUGCUGUAACCACAUUUGUCCCCCAAAUGAGCCCAUCCCUCGAAAAGAAGUGUCCGCUUACCUGUCUGGGUCCUUUCGCUUGGAAAGAAGAGCAGUCACGUGGAGCUGAGAUGCUAAUCAGCUGUGAACACAAGGAAGCCCAUAAGUGGGGCGGGGGGGGGGGAUCACGCUGGUGAGAGAGACGGUAAACACUGAGAAUUCUUUGAAGAGCGCUUACUAGAAUAAGUAGAGGAAAGUUUGGAUUCCACAGGUUUAAUGGUUGAGGUCCCCAGGCAUAUUUGAUCCUUGUGGUGAAACCAAUUGUUUGGUUUCAGUGCCUUCUGGAUUCCUGUUGCGUACCAAGCGGCUGUUCUAAGUGGUGACAUGGAAUCGUGGAUUCCUGAAAGUCCUGGACUGGAGUUUUUUUGUUUUUUUAUCUUUGAGUGUCGGACUUCUAUAGUUGGACAAUUUUGUACAUUUUAUGAAUGUGAUUGGUGAUUGUGGUAGCGGGGCGUGGUCAAGCGUCCAUCCGGAGAGAGAGAAAGUGGUAAGGGUGCUUGCACCUGAGUUAGAUUAUGUUUAACACCUGUCUCUAAUUCCAAUGAGCAUGGGGAGAGUGGCAUAUAAACAGCCACGCCACCAGCAGCAGAGGGAGAGAGUCUGGCACAAGGAAGGCCACGGUGCUGCAGAAGCUGUUGUGCUUAAUCUAUUGUGUUUGUGAAGCUGAUGUGUUUAAGUAACUAUAUGCCUGUGAAGCUGAUGUGUUUAAGUAACUACGUGCCUGUGAAACUGAUGAGUUUGUGAAAUUGUUAAGCAUUGAGGUGGCCGAUUAAAUCUCGUACCUGAACCUGGAAACCCCGCUUCCCUGUGUUCUCCUUCCCUUCUGCCUGUGAAGCAGUGUCACACUGGUGCCGAAACCCGGGAAUAAAAACUGAAGUACGCCCCAUGGAGUCCUCCCAGGUGUCCGAGAUCCUCCAGUCCCUCGCCAGUAUACAUCAGUCCAACCAGCAAUCACUGCUUGAGCUACGCCAAGACCAGGAACGGUGCUUCUUCGAGAUCCUACAGGCUCAAGCAGAGGACCGGCUCGCGAUCCAGAGCCUCCUCGGCCAGGAGAAAGAGAGAGCCGCGACCCCGGACCACCGCAGCCAACUACCUCCCCCCACACUCCUGAAGAUGAGAGCCGAAGACGAUGCCGAGGCUUUCCUCAACUUAUUUGAGAGAACUGCAGAGAUCGCGGGCUGGCCGCGUGACCAGUGGGCAGCCAGGUUCCUCCCAUUGCUGUCCGGGGAAUCUCAGCUUGCUGCCCAACAGUUGCCGGCAACUAAUCUCCUGGCCUAUGACGACCUGAAAAAGUCUAUCCUGCAGCGGGUGGGUCGUAGCCCAGAACAGUAUCGCCAGCUGUUCUGGACCUUGAAGCUGGGGAAGACCGACCGCCCAUUUGCUUUUUCCCAACGGCUCCAAGACGUGUGCCGGAAAUGGCUGCUGGCGGGGAAUUGCGACAUCACGGGAGUUGUCGACCAGGUGGUACUGGAGCAGCUAAUCCAUCGACUGCCAAGAGGAACGGCGGAGUGGGUCCAGUGCCACCGCCCGGCAUCACUGGAGGAAGCCGUUCGACUGGCAUUUUGUGGCGUACCGGAGGGUGGAAGAGCCCUCCCACUCUCUCUCCCCCUACCCUAUGUUUUCCCCGAUCUCUUCCCCCUCCCCUCUUCUCUCUCACUCUGCUCUCUCCCCAGAGCCUGUUCCUGUCCCGCGGAGGCGAGGAGUCCUGCCACCAAAGCCAGUUCCGUCUCCCACAGCAGCAACAGUGCCCAGCCGCUCUCCCCCUCAGGUGGAAGUGCCCGCCGACAUAGGUGCGAGCGUGACGCCUGGGCCGGUCUGCUGGAGUUGCGGAGAUCCGGGACACUUCCGGGAUCAGUGGGCUGUGUGUCAUGGAGCUGGGAACGGUGGUCCAGAUCCCCGACACUCUGCAGACUGCCCCUGAUUGGGCCGGAGCGUACCGGAUACCGGUAAGUGUCAUGGGGGAACUCACCAAGCAUUGGCUUUAGGCACAGCUAAAACAGUAAGGGUGAAGUGUGUGCAUGGGGAUAUUCACAACUACCCUGUGGUGACCCUUGUUAUUAAAUUUCGGGGAACAAAACAUAGAGUGGAGGCCACGGUUAGUUCCCGCCUCACCCAUCCGCUGAUUUUGGGGACUAAUUGGCCUGAGUUUAGAAAUGUAUUAAAGGGAAUAUGCGCGGAUGGGUCCUGAUCUAAAGCCACGAGAUGUGAGAUUUGUGAUGCUCUGGCAGGGGAGGCGGAGCCAGGGCUGUCUUCGUCUGCUCCACGUCAGGAUGACGUGGAGGGGGAGAGGCUGCAGCCCCUCCUGUCCUCGGGGGAUUUCCCGAAGGGGAUUUCCCUUUGGAGCAGUUGUGAGACGAAACCAUCAAGCACGCCUUUGACCAACUGAGAGUGAUCGAUGGUCAACAACUCCAGCCGGGCGUCACCCUUUCAUAUCCUUAUUUCUCAAUUAUAAACGAGCGGUUGUAUAGAGUGAUGCAGGACACUCAAAGGAAGAUACAACCCAGCUCUUAAUACCAUGGAGUCGUCGGGAAAUGGUGUUCCAGGCGGCUCAUUAUAAUCUCAUGGCGGGUCAUCUAGGGAAAAGGAAAACACUGAACCAUCUAAUAGCCCAUUUUUAUUGGCUGGGCAUUGGCGGCGAUGUCAGCAGGUGGUGUGCGGCAUGCCGUGAAUGCCAGCUGGUGAAUCCACCGGUCACCCCAAAAGCGCCAUUGCGCCCUCUUCCGCUGAUCGAGAUCCCCUUUGAGAGAAUUGGAAUGGACCUCGUCGGGCCAUUAGAGCGGUCUGCACGCAGACAUCGCUUUGUAUUAGUCCUAGUGGACUAUGCAACGCGAUACCCGGAAGCAGUGCCUCUGCGCAACAUCUCAGCACGCAGUGUUGCGGAGGCACUCUUCAAAAUAAUCUCCCGGGUGGGGAUUCCGAAAGAAAUCCUCACUGAUCAAGGCACAAACUUUAUGUCACGAACACUAUGCAAGCUUUACGAAUUAUUGGGCAUUAAAUCAAUCCGCAUCAGCAUCUAUCAUCCACAAACAGAUGGCCUGGUGGAGCGAUUUAAUAAAACCCUUAAAAAUAUGAUUCGUAAGUUCGUACAUGAGGAUGCUAGAAAUUGGGACAAAUGGCUCGAUCCCCUGUUAUUCGCAAUACGAGAGGUCCCGCAAGCCUCCACGGGGUUUUCUCCAUUCGAGCUACUAUACGGGCAGCACCCGCACCGCGUGCUUGAUGUUAUGCGCAAAGCUUGGGAGGAGGGACCUUCAAAAAGUAAGAAUGAAAUACAAUACGUUCUUGAUCUUAGAGCAAAACUCCACACCUUGGGGCAACUAACACAGGAGGACUUGCUCCAAGCUCAAGAAUGACAGUGCCGACUGUAUGACAGGGGAACUCGGCUGCGGGAAUUUGCACUGGGAGAUAAGGUACUGGUAUUACUUCCCACAUUGAGCUCCAAAUUACUCGCCAAGUGGCAAGGACCCGUUGAGGUCACACGACAAGUGGGGGAUCUCGAUUAUGAGGUAAAGCGAACCGAUAGAGGGGGCGCACGUCAAAUAUACCACCUCAACCUCCUGAAAUUGUGGAGCGAGGCGGUCCCUGUGAUGUUGGCUACGGUAGUCCUGGAGAGGGCAGAGCUCGGGCCAGAGGUGAAUACAAAACAGAAUCAUUUCACCCCAGUCACUUGCGGAGACCACCUCUCACCAUAUCAACUCGCAGAGGUUGCCAAAUUGCAGAAGGAGUUUGCAGACGUGUUUUCCCCUCUACCGGGUCGUAUGAACCUCAUACAGCACCACAUCGAGACUGAGCCAGGGGUGGUGGUACGUAGCCGUCCCUACCGAUUGCCUGAGCACAAAAAGAAAAUUGUCCGGGAAGAAUUGGAUGCUAUGCUCGAUAUGGGGGUAAUAGAGGAAUCCCACAGCGAUUGGUCCAGCCCAGUUGUUCUAGUUCCUAAGAGCGACAGGUCUGUAUGAUUCUGUGUGGAUUAUAGAAAAGUCAACGCGCUGUCUAAAUUUGAUGCAUACCCAAUGCCUCGCAUUGAUGAGUUGCUCGAUUGGUUGGGCACUGCUCGAUUUUAUUCGACACUGGAUUUGACCAAGGGUUAUUGGCAGAUCCCUUUGAGACCAAUUUCCCGUGAAAAAACAGCUUUCUCCACACCGUUCGGAUUACACCAAUUUGUGACACUUCCGUUCAGUUUGUUUGGUGCCCCGGCUACGUUUCAGUGUCUCAUGGACCGAAUCCUCAGACCGCAUUCGGCUUACGUUGCUGCCUAUUUGGAUGACAUCAUCAUUUACAGCAGUGAUUGGCAGGGGCACAUGCAACAUCUGAUGGCGGUUCUGAGAUCGCUGCGACGGGCCGGACUCACAGCAAACCCCAAGAAGUGCGUGAUUGCAGCCUGCCCGAGGCCCAAGACCAAAAAGGGGGUGAGACAGUUCCUGGGGCUGGUUGGCUAUUAUAGGAGAUUUGUGCCUAAUUAUUCGGACGUCACCAGCCCGCUGACUGAUCUCACUAAAAAGGGAGCUCCAGACCCGGUCCAGUGGACGGAGCAGUGUCAACAGGUGUUUAUGCAAGUGAAAGCCACACUUUGCGGGGGGCCACUUUUACAUUCACCCGAUUUCUCUCUCCCUUUUGUCUUGCAGACGGACGCUUCAGACAAAGGGCUGGGGGCCGUACUCUCGCAGGUGGUGGAGGGGGAGGAGUGCCCGGUGCUGUACAUUAGCCUAAGCUCUCGUUGAGGGAGACUAAGUACAGCACCAUGGAAAGGGAGUGUCUCGCCAUUAAGUGGGUGGUCCUCACUCUCCGGUACUACCUGUUGGGGCGGGCCUUCACCCUCUGCUCGGAUCACGCCCCACUCCAGUGGCUCCACUGCAUGAAAGAUACCAACGCGCGGAUCUCCCGUUGGUAUCUGGCUCUUCAGCCAUUUAAGUUCAACAUGGUCCACAGACCAGGAGUGCAGAUGGCUGUCGCUGACUUCCUCUCCAGAAAUGGGGGGGUGGGGGGGGUGGGGAGGAGUGGCAAGCAGGCCUGAUGCCUCCCCAGCCUGAGUCAGGCGGUGGGGAUUUGUGGCAGCAGGGGUGUGGUCAAGUGUCCGUCCGGAGAGAGAGAAAGCGGUAAGGGUGCUUGCACCUGAGCUAGAUUAUGUUUUUUUUGAUUAUGUAGGCGAAUCGUGGAACACUUCCACUUUCAGGAAAAAGGUGGAUACAAAUAAAAUUCUGCUUGUUUUACUUACUUCUCUGCCUCCUUGAGUCUUUGUGGUGUGGCCCUGGGAUCUAGAACCAGCGAAGGAAACAAAUAGUUAACAAGCCUUUGACAGCAACACAUCAUGUGCAUUUGAAAUGUCACUUCCUUCAGCUGAUAAAAAUGCUUUGGUAUAGUAAAAACAUUUUUUGUGUUCCAUCUGAGACAUUACUACACUUUGAAAAGUCAUACACUAGAUGGCUGAAUGCAUAGAGUACAGUAUAGUGCAAGUGCACAGUGUAGUGUGUCAUUUCAGACCCAGCUAUAGUGUUAAAGGUACGAUUCUUUAGUUAGUCAGCCCUCCUAAUUACCCUCAUACAACAUUGUAGUAGUUAUUUAGGAGGUGGUUAGCUGGCAAACAGUAGUCUUUUUAGAUGAGAAUGUUCUUAGUUCUAACAUUCAAAGAUAAAAAGAAUGUUUUCAUAGUAUAAUCAAAAUGUUUUAUU